AUGAAUAUUGUUCGAACUCCAUCUGUUGCUCAGAUUGACAUUUUGGAGGAAUUGUUGGCCAGUCUGGCUCAGCAGACUCUUGUGCGCAGUGCUGCUGUGUCCUCGGUUGACUCAUUCAUGCAGUUCACACAGAAGAUGUUGGACAGCUUCUACAAUUUUGCUUCAUCACUUGCUCUCUCUCAGGCCCAGAUGACACCAAAUCCGUAUGAAAUGAUCAUCUCAGCAAAUGUGGUUCUGAAAUGA